GGGAGCUCACCGGACGGAGGUGGAGGGCGCAGCCUGGAAUUAGAGAGCUCAGGGGCAGGGCGUGGAGGGCGCCGGGCGAGGCGGCCCGUUGCAUAGUCGAUAGGCUGGGCGGGGCUGGACGCUGGCGGUUACCCGCGGGGACGCGAGCCCCGGGCGCCCAGAUGCCUAGACUGGGGCGACGACCGCGGGCUCGGCUUGGCCGCGACCUCUCGGCACUCUUGGACCUGUGCACCCUGGCCUCCUGCCCUUGGUCCCCAGCCGGCCAUGCCCUCACCCGCGCCUCCCACCGAGCUGCUGCCGUGGGAGCGCGCGGUGGUCCUGCUGUCGUGCGCGCUGUCAGCGCUGGGCUCGGGCCUCCUGGUGGCCACGCACGCCCUGUGGCCUGACCUGCGUAGCCGGGCGCGGCGCCUGCUACUCUUCCUGUCGCUAGCGGACCUGCUCUCGGCUGCCUCGUACUUCUACGGAGUGCUGCAGGACUUCACGGGCACUUCGUGGGAUUGCGUCCUUCAGGGCGCGCUCUCUACUUUCGCCAACACCAGCUCCUUCUUCUGGACGGUGGCCAUCGCCUUCUACCUGUACCUCAGCAUCGUCCGAGCUGCGCUCGGGCCCAGCACGGACCACCUAGUCUGGGCUUUUCACCUCAUCAGCUGGGGUGUCCCACUGGCCAUCACAGUGGCAGCGGUCUCUCUAAAGAAGAUAGGCUACGAUGCCUCUGAUGUGUCCGUGGGCUGGUGCUGGAUCAACCUGGAGGCUGAGGACCGCGUCCUGUGGAUGCUGCUGACUGGGAAGCUGUGGGAGAUGCUGGCUUAUGUCCUGCUGCCUCUGCUGUACCUUCUGGUCAGGAAGCACAUCAACAGGGCGCACCAGGCACUCUCUGAGUACCGGCCCAUCUGUGAGGGGCGCCAGCUGCAGCGAGGCUCCUCCACCUCCAUGGCCGAUAAGAAGCUGAUCCUCAUCCCACUCAUAUUCAUCUGCCUCCGGGUCUGGAGCACCGUGCGCUUCGUCCUGACGCUCUGUGGCUCCCCAGCCGUGCAGGCACCCGUGCUGGUCGUUCUGCAUGGCAUUGGGAACACCUUCCAGGGAGGGGCCAACUGCAUCAUGUUCGUCCUCUGCACCCGGGCAGUCCGCACCAGGCUCUUCUCCCUCUGCUGCUGCCGCUGCUAUCCUCAGCCCUCCACCCAGACCCCUCCUGGGGCUCCUCCUCCUCAUAAGACAGGAGGCUCUCAGGAAUCCAGGCAGACCCCAGAAUUGCCCAGGACUUGAGUGGUUGGCUUCCCUCAUCGUUCUCACCGGUGCUGCCUUCCUGGUUCCUGCUGCAGCAUACAGGGCCCAGCACCCGGAAGCCUCAAUAGUGAAGCUGGGACCCCGGUGAAGGAGCAGCCAUCGGUGUAGCCUUGUCUACCUCCCAGACUCUCAGGCAGGGAGUGCAGCCCUUGCACACCCGUGUCCUGGUUCAGUGGGGUUUCUUUGUGCGAGCACAAAGACUCAGCCAUGCAGGAUGCUGCCAGGGCACCGGGUCUCAGUGUCCUGGGGCCACCAACGCUGUUUACAGUCUGAGGGACCCAUACCUGUGGACCCAUCCCGGGCAUGACGGAAAAGUGUGUCGGGAAUCCCAGACAUCACAGUAUGGAGUCCAGGCUUGCCAGGGCAUUGAGAUUCGUAGAGAGCCUAGGGCUGCCAGCAUUGCUGGUCAGCAGAGGCUAAUGGCCUCAACCCAGGUCCCAGGUCCACUGAAGUCAUGGGAGACUGUCUUCAUUGAGCAGAACCACCCAGGCACGUGCUCACGGGUAUCUCACGGAUUCUCUGCGUGGAUCAUCAGCCCUCAAUAUUUAUUACAUUUGAAUUUCAGCACAGGCCAGAGUCCAGAGUCCUGCCAUUAGUCACUCAGAGCCUGUGGGUCCCCUCCCAGCACCAGCACAGGGGUCAGCUCAGCUCAGGCCCUGUGGUGGUGCCCUAUCCCACCUGCUGUUCUACACACAGGGCUCUCAUACCCUGUCCUCACAGGGGUUCACACGCGGGCAAGGUGGGAAGGGGUCUGCCUUUGCACUUUGUUUAGAUGUGUGUGUGUGUGUGUGUGUGUGUGUGUGUGUGUGUGUGUAGGAAAGGUGAUGGGAGAGUUAGUGAAUCAUCCAAAUCCUGAUUCCUCCCUGUAGGUAAAUGUUUUGAGACCCAGCCGUGGGCUGGAUGUAGCUCUUCAUAGUUUCCAGGUUGGGCAUAGCACCAAAACCAUUUUUUUUUUUUUUAACUAUUUGGGGAUUACAGGAACUUGAUUCUGAGAUGAUUCCAUUUUAUUUUACUAUUUUCUGAGACAGGGUCUCCUUAUGUGGACAUGCUGGCCUGGAACUUGAUAUGUAGAUCGGGCUGGCUUCUAACUCAGAGAUCCACUUGCCUCUCCUGAUAAUCAAAAUUUUAAAGAAGGUUUUGUUUGUUUUGUUUUGUGUUUUCUGUAGUAGGGCCUUGGGCCUGUUAGGCAACUUUUCUGCCACAGGGUUCUAUUCCUAGCCCUCCUUUUGUUUUCUGUUUUGAGAUCUCACUUAGUUGCCUAGACUGGCCUUGAACUCUCUGUCAGCCAGGCUGGUCUUGAACCUGCGAUUUUCCUACCUCAACCUUCCAGGAAGCUAGAACUGCAGCCUUGGACCACCGGGUAGGGGUUUAAAUGAGCACCUGUGUCCGUUGCCAUUCGGUGGCUCUUCUGCCAACACUUUCCUCAUUUCAGAAGGCAGUGUGUGCCGAGUUGCAAUGUGCCCGCCACCUUGCAGGCGAGGUGAGGUAGCACCCUUGGAUUCUGUCAGUACCCCCCAAAGCUGAGAGGCUAUGCAGAGCCUGGUAAAAUGGCUCUGGAUGAAAGCAAAGCCACACCGGAUUCCCACCUCUAUCAGGACAGCAAGAGUCGCUAUGUCCAUACCCUCCUUUUCUGGUUUCCUUGGAAAGCAUUUCUUUAGGAAAGAUCUACAAGGGGUGGACUCCCUUUUGGGAGUCAAAGAAAGCACCUUGGCAGUGGGCUGUCUGCUUACAGAAACAGCCUACACAAGGUGUCCUGAGGUCCAGUGAAGAUGUUACAGCCGAUUUGUGCACUGUCAGCGUGCUGCUAAUGAUGAUCUCCUUGCUUCUAAAAUGGAACAGAAAUUCUAGGAAUUUGUUUCCUGUUGAGGAGAAAAUGUUCUACAAAAUACAACAGAGGAAAUGAUGUUGGAAUAAACUCAGCUGGGCACUGGGGAGCCCUGGCUGUUAGGGGCUUUGCUCAAGAAAAGGCCUGCAGAGGGAGGGGCCUUCAGAAAGCUCUGUGCUAGAGUCCCGGGCUCAACCAAGCUGUCUGUUGGUUGAUGUCAUUGGCCCGGACUGCUUCCUGUUGAAAACCCUCUUCAGGGUCUACCCUCGGCUCUUUUCAUCUGUUCCCCACCCUGCCCUGUCACUGCAGGUGGCUGGUGGUGAUCCACGACUCGGUGCCUUCCCUCUAGCCCUGUGAGCUCACAGACAUCCACCUUAGCUCAGAGCUGGUGACCAAAUAGGCCUGCUGGGCACUCAGACUGCAGAACUGCAGAGGGAAAAAGGAAAAUCCUCAGGGCCCAGGAGGACCUCGGUGCCCGUGAGGCUGCCAGCUCCCGUUGUGCUUUGCUCAGUGCUAUUAAUAUUUAUCUGUCUGUUCCCUCAGUCACCCAAAUGUGACGUCGGCCUUAACGGACGCUACAGCCCUUGCCAUGUUUCCCCCAUCACCCUUUAUAAGCACUUUGUGACUCUUGUUCUCCAAAUCAGUUGCCAGCUGCUUCCUGCCUCUGUCCUUCUGAGGCCGUGUGUGUGUGUGUGUGUGUGUGUGU